CGAAAAGACGUUCAACAUGAGUGUUACCGCUUCGAGCACAAAGUCGAUCGUGUCCACACCGUUUUCCAUAAACGACAUCCUCACCAGAAGUCGACGUAGUGAACGGCGCAGUUCUGGGGAAUCGUCAGGGAAUGAGGAAGAUUUGGCCAGGGCGUUCUAUCAUCGGCAACCUAGCCACCACCACCACCACCAUCAUCUUCAUUAUCACCAACGUCACCGUGGUGUCGAGAACUCCGGAAGUUCGCCCCGGCAACCAGAGGAUGCGUUCUAUGGACAGUUGAGAUUGGGCUGCGGCAACAAUAACAACAAUAGCACCGAAAAUGGCAAAAAGAUCGGUAUGCACGGUGCGGUUCGAUACCCGGCGAAUGGUCUUCCACCAGCGUUGCGCCGCGGAUCCUUGGAUUGUUUUAUGGUGUCCUCCGAAACUGCGUCCUCGCGAACCGCGGAUGAUGACGCACCCAUGAUCCAAGGAUGCUCUCCGAUGUCUACCGAUUUAUGUGAAGCCGCGAGUGCGAGUGAGCGACACAUGCUGCUCGACGGUUCUUCUGGCCGUACUGCAGGACCUGGUGGAGCCACUUGCUACCGUCUACCAAAGAUCCGCAACGACAGUCCCAUCGAUAUGCGUCGUUCGACGGAACAUGAUUCAGACUGUGACUCACCGUCACCGUACUCGAGUGCUCUGACAACGGGACACCACGCUGGUCCCUCCUCGAUGCUAGCGAGCGAUGAAAUGCCCUCGGCGAGGAAAAAGCGCUCCCGAGCGGCUUUCAGUCAUGCCCAGGUGUUUGAGCUGGAACGUCGAUUCGCUCAACAGCGCUACCUCUCGGGACCGGAGCGGUCGGAGUUGGCCAAAAACUUGCGGCUCACUGAGACGCAGGUGAAGAUCUGGUUCCAGAAUCGUCGAUACAAAACGAAACGGAAGCAAAUCCAGCAGCAUGAGGCCGCCCUGCUAAGUGCGACGAAGCGUGUUCCCGUGCAAGUGCUGGUCCGGGAGGAUGGUUCCUACGGGCCAAUGCUAGGAGCUGGCCAACCACACUACGCAACCGGACUGGAUCCUGCUCUACUAAACGUCUAUCGGCACCAGAUACAGAUGGCGUACGGUAUGCCCGGGAUUCCACCCAUGCCUUUCUCCUACUUCUACCCCUCGAAGAUUGCGACAGUUCCGAGCGGUCCGCUGGCUCCCUCGGUUACACCAUCCUCGUCGUCGUCUUCCGCUUCAUCAGCCCCAUCGACAGCGUUGGCUACAUGCAAAACCCCCACGCAGCAUCCAUACCUAGUGGCUGGCGGGCAGGCUGGCGGUAUCGGUGGACCGGGACCACUUAACUUCUCCACUCGGAACGAUGUCGAUCUAGAGAACGUGAUGUCCGGUAGGCAGCGAUCACGAUCCCCUUCCGAGCACUCGGGGCCCGGGUCGGACCACGGAUAUCGCCGACGGGCGGAUACUGAACGCAGUGCUGCCUGCAGUGUUCACUCUUCUAGUGGCGAGGGAGAGGACGUGGACGAAUGUGAAAAUGGAGCUAUAGCUAUAGCACGCCCAAAUUCAACUCCAUGGCACCUUAGGGAUGGGAGGGAGGGCUCUUAUGCACGACACGCACUGCUGGCCAGGAAGCGAGGUUCUAGUGUGAAAAAGUGGGUGAACAUUUGGAAGCAGCGUCCCGAGAUGCCCCGGUCGUCCACACCCAGACAGUGUAAAUAUUUCGAAAUUAUUGAUGAGCUAAUUUUGAGCUCCAUCCAUCGCUUUUCGGCUCUUGGAAGCAGCAUGAUGAGACAGCGAAUGUACUGGCCGCUGAACGAUGACAAAUCGAUGGAGUUGGGCUAG